AUGCGUCCUUCAGUUUCUAUUGCAUUUUCUCUCUUGGCAUUUGCUCUAAGAGCAUGCGCUGUUGGCGUGGUCGGGAGCCCCGAGGGUUUUGCUUCGGGCACCACAGGUGGAGGGAGUGCUACGCCGGCAUAUCCCUCGAGUACCACGCAGUUGAAGGAAUGGUUGGAGGACGAUGUUGCUAGAGUCAUCGUUCUCAACAAGGAAUUCAACUUCAAGGGCACUGAAGGAACCACAACGGCAACGGGUUGCAGGCCCACUUCGAACACUUGCCCCGGCAAUGGUGGUCAGGACGCCAUCAAUGCCAAUGGAUGGUGCGGAAGCGCUCCGUCCGUCUCCGUGACUUACGACAAUGCCGGAGUUUCUGCCAUCAAUCUCGGCUCAAACAAGUCUCUCAUUGGCAUUGGAUCUGCAGGUGUUAUCCGUGGCAAGGGCUUGCGCAUCGCCAACGGAGCCAAGAACAUCAUCAUUCAGAACAUCCACAUCACCGAACUCAACCCUCAGUACAUCUGGGGUGGAGACGCAAUCACUCUUGACGGUGCUGAUCUUAUCUCCCUCAUUGGCCGCCAAAUGUUCGUUGCUGGCUACGGGGCAUCCAACCGAGUCUCGAUAACCAACACCGAGUUCGAUGGCUCGACGUCUUGGAGCGCAACAUGUGACGGCCAUCACUACUGGACCAUCUUGCUGCUCGGAUCUAGCGACUUGAUCACCAUGAAGGGCAAUUACAUCCACCACACGUCCGGCCGAGGCCCCAAGGUCGGAGGCAACACGCUCCUGCACGCCGUCAACAACGAAUGGUACGCCAUCUCGGGCCACGCCUUCGACAUGGGCGAGUCGGGCGCCAUGGCCGUGGCCGAGGGCAACGUCUUCCAGAACGUCGUCACGCCGCUGCUGUCGCCCGUCACGGGCCGCAUCUUCACCGCGCCCAGCACGAGCGCCAACACGGCGUGCUCGACCUACCUCGGCCACAACUGCGUGCUCAACGCUUUUGGUAGCAGCGGCACUUUCUCCGGCACCACCGACACCAGCUUUUUCUCCAACUUCAACGGCAAGACCGUCGCCGGCGCCAGCACGGCUGCUUACACGGACGGCACGGCGGGUAUCGGGAAGAUCUGA